AUGGCGGGACAGAGACGGAUUUUACAUCCAUAUCUUACUGGAAAUUUUGCUCCCAUCAAGCGAACUCGAAAAUUAACACGAUGCUCCGGCACCGGGCAUAUCCCAAGGGAGCUCGCUGGAGGUCAAUACGUCCGCAACGGCGGAAAUCCGACUACCUAUGACGACCUAGAGAGAGAUUCACACUGGUUUGACGGUGAUGGCAUGCUCACCGGUGUCCUCUUUAGGCGCAAAGAUGAAAACGGCAAUAUCGAGCCAGAAUUUGUGAAUCAGUACAUUUUGACAGAUGUUUAUUUGAACGCGAAAGACAAUGAGAAUUUGAAGCGCCCGUUGCUUCCUAGCAUAGCAACAUUACUCAGCGCUUCCAUGACAACUAUCAUCGCGGCAGUAGUUAGGACAUUGAUUCUCGUAUUGUUGUCGAGAUUGCCGGGAUCCAAAAGAACAGUCAAAAGGAUAAGUGUCGCUAACACUAGCGUAGUAUAUCACGAUGGCAGAGCUCUAGCAACUUGCGAAAGUGGACCGCCGAUGAGAUUUCAUCUUCCUAGCUUGGAGACUAUUGGAUGGUAUGAUGGUCGAAAAGCUGAGAAUGAAAUGAGUCUAAGUAAUAAACCAGGUUUUGGUGGAAAUGGGUUGAUGGCGUUUAUGAAAGAGUGGACAACUGGUCAUCCGCAUUUUGACCCUGUCACAAAAGAACUUAUCUCAUUCCAUGCUGUUUUAGUUAAACCGUUCGUCUAUUACUCGAUAGUCCCGUCAAUUAGGUACUCGGCUACGGCGAAUGGUUCAGGACCAAGGUUUGAGAUGCCCAUUCCGGGAAUACGAUCGCCCAAGAUGAUGCACGACUUUGGGGUUGCGGCACGUCACACGAUCAUAAUGGACCUUCCCCUAUCUCUGGAUCCUCUGAACGGGGUGAAAGGAAAACCAAUUAUCUCAUAUGACCCGACGGAGCGGUCCCGGUAUGGCGUCUUUCCUAGAUAUGAGCCACAUAAGAUACUAUGGUUUGAAACGAACCCAUGCGUCGUCUUUCAUACGGCCAACUGCUGGGAGACUGAGACGUGUGUUCACCUUCUUGUUUGUCGUCUCACAUCAGCAUCGAUUGUGUACAGCGCUGGUGCGCUCACACCUCCUGAGACCCAACCGAUACCUCCAGAGUAUUUGGAAGAGGAGCAGUGCAGGUUAUAUUACUAUAGUUUUCCGCUCGUGAAAGCGGAAACAGAUGAGACACCAAUGAUAAACAAUCAGUGGGCGUUGUCAGCUAUUCCCUUGGAAUUCCCGACGGUAUCACCAUCUCACGCCAUGAGGCUAACCCGCUACAUAUAUGGCUGCAGCACGGGCGGCAUGUCCUAUUCUGCAGCGGUCGGAAAAGGGGCCAAAAUCGCGUACUUAGCAAAGAUAGACGCAACGACGCUGAUUGAUCGAGGCAUUACUCGUCCACCACAGCAGAUCAAAGGUUGUGUUGAUACCCGAGGGGUUGACGAGGUAAUGCAGAGCACAGACGAAAACGACCCGGUCAAGCUGUUUCAAAUGCCCCCAGGUUGGUUCGCACAGGAACCGCGUUUUGUACCGCGUGAAAACCCGGCGACGGAAGAUGACGGUUGGUUGCUUACUUACGUGUUUGACGAGUCCCAACUCGACGAUGAAGGCGAAUGCCGUGAGGAUGCCAUUAGUGAAUUGUGGAUUAUCAACGCGAUAAACAUGAGAGAUAUUGUGGCGAGAGUUAAACUACCGCAAAGAGUGCCUUACGGUUUACAUGGCGCGUGGUUUUCAGAAGAUGAUAUUGCAGGGCAGAGACCAUUUGAUGCGGUUAGGCGGGAAAAACCUACAUCAGAUGUCGAUGAGAAAAGUCUGCUAUCGGCCAUAAGGGACGCUAUUGAAAAAUGGAUUGGAUGA